AUGGCUAAUCUCGAGGCGGGCACUAUGCCAGUCAACGACGAGAAGGCCCUCGCUCAUCAUAAGGAGAGUAUGAUGGGGGAUGUUGCCCGUGAUGCUGCGGAAAGGGGCCAUCUGGCCACCGAUGAAUAUGGUGAAGCUCUUGUGGAAUUUGACAAGGCCGCCGAGUCACGAUUGCGGCUCAAAAUCGAUUUGUACAUUGUUCCCACAGUUGCAGUGAUGUACUUGUUUUGUUUUAUUGAUCGAGCCAAUAUUGGAAAUGCCAAGCUGGCUGGCUUCGACAGGGAUCUUGGCCUCGUAGGCUAUGAUUACAACAAAGUUCUCUCGGUCUUCUUCAUCUCAUAUAUUAUCUUUGAAAUUCCAAGUAACCUGAUGUGCAAAUGGGUCGGUCCCGGUUGGUGGCUCCCGGCUAUUACCCUUGGAUUUGGUAUCUGCUCUGUUGCGACAGCAUUUGUGCAUGAUAUUCACAGCGCAUCUGGUGUCCGUUUCCUUUUGGGUAUUUUCGAGGCAGGAUUGUUGCCCGGUAUUGCAUACUACCUUUCCCGUUGGUACCGACGAAGUGAACUUGCAUUCCGUCUGUCCUUGUACAUUGUCAUGGCCCCGCUGGCUGGAGCCUUCGGUGGUCUCCUGGCCUCAGGCAUCCUGAAGCUUGAUCAUUUUGGCUCUCUCCACACUUGGCGCAUGAUCUUUGCCAUUGAGGGUAUUAUCACCAUUGGAAUUGGUGUUAUUGCGUUCUUCACAUUGACCGACCGACCGGAAACGGCCCGUUGGCUCUCACAGGAAGAAAAGGAUCUGGCCGUUGCCCGUGUAAAGUCCGAGCGCGUUGGUACGACCGAAGUCCUUGACAAACUGGACACGACCAAGACUCUGCGUGGUAUUUUCAGUCCAGUGACCAUCACCACGGCAUUCAUUUUCCUGUUGAACAACAUCACUGUUCAAGGCCUUGGAUUCUUUGCACCUACCAUUGUGAAGACCAUCUAUCCAGAUGCGACUGUGAUCUCUCAGCAACUGCACACAGUUCCUCCAUAUGUUGUCGGAGGCUUCUUCACUGUGUUGUUCCCCUUCCUCAGUUGGCGCUUCGACAAUCGACUCAUCUUCUUCAUUAUCAGUCCACCGAUGAUGAUGACUGGUUAUAUUAUGUUUCUCGCUAGCGAAGACAGCAUGGUACGAUAUGGGGCCACAUUUAUCAUCGCUAGCGGGGCUUUUGCCUUUGGCGCGCUAUGUACGGCCCAUGUCUCGGCGAAUGUUGUGUCCGAUACGGCGCGAUCAUCGGCUAUUGGCACGACAGUCAUGUUUGGCAAUGUGGGUGGCCUCAUCAGCACAUGGUCGUUCCUUCCCUCGGACGCUCCCAAUUACCACAUUGGUAAUGGACUCAACUUGGCAACUUCAAGCACAAUCCUCCUGCUCGGUGCUUCCUUGUGGAUGUACAUGGCCUGGGACAAUCGCCGCCGUGACCGAGUGGACGUGGCCGGUGUCUUGGCGGGACUUUCGCGCAAACAGAUUCAGGACCUUGACUGGCGCAACCCAGGAUUCCGUUGGCGACCCUAG